AUGGGGCCCACUACUGGCUGCCAGAAACUCAUCAAUGUGGAUGAUGAAUGCAAACCCCGUAGCUUUUGUAAGAAGCGAAUGGCCACAGAAGUUGCUGCUGAUGCUGUGGGUGAAGGACGGAAGGGUUACACGGUCCGACUUAGUGGUGGCAACGACAAACCAGGCUUCUCCAUGAGGCAGGGUGUCUUGACCCACAGCCGUGUCCACCUGCUGCUGAGUAAGGGGCAUUCCUCGUACAGACGAAGGAGGACUGGAGAAAGAAAGCACAAAUCUGUCUGGGGUUGCACUGUGAAUGCCAAUCUCAACGUUCUCAACUUGGUCCUUGCAAAAGGCGAGAAGGACAUUCCUGCCACUGAUACUACAGGGCCUCAUCACCUGGGGCCUAAAGAGCCCCUAAAGAGCUCACCUAAAAAAGCUAGCAGAAGCCACAAACUUUUCAGUCCCUCUAAAGAAGACGAUGUCCACCAGUAUGUUGUGAGAAAGCCCCUAAAUAAAGAAGGUAAGAAACUUACAACCAAAGUGCCCAAGAUUCAGCAUCUUGUUGCUCCGUACGUAAUCUACCACAAAUGGCGCAUUUCUCUGAAGAAACAGCAUAUGAAGUAUGCUGCAGAAUAUGCUAAAUUUCUGGCCAAGAGAAUAAAGAAGACCAAAGAAAAAUGCCAGGGACAGAUUGCCAAGAGACAGGGGCUGUCUUCCCUGAGAGCUUCUACCUUUAAGUCUGAGUCCAGUCAAAAACGAGACUUUUCAGGAAUUGUGGCUACGUGGACCAAAGGCAUCUGCCCGAGUGGACAAGAAUAUGACAGUGACAUGUAG